AUGACUACCUAUAUUCAAAUUAUAGAAGAUGAACCAGAUUUUACUCCACAUAAUGGCAAACCAGUAACAAAGUUAGAGAGUUCACCUAAUAUGAAAUAUAUUGCUACAUGGAGUGAGGAAGAUAAAUCAGCCGUUGGCUGGUAUAUUGCUGAUAAUGAACAUCAGUUAAAGCAUGAAUAUAUGAUUUCACAGGAAGAUAUUUCACAGAAUGAUGUUUUUAAAUUGUAUUCAAUUAAGGAUGUCGAUGUAAUUACGAUUAAAUCAUUUGCCGUUUCUGAUAAUAAACAAGUUUCUAUUCCAAUUUAUUCAGUCAAAGAAAAAGACAUUG